AUGGUAGAGAAACUAAGCAAAUACUUUGUGUCUGUCUUCAUGGAGGAAGAAACGAAAAAUCUCCCUGAAAUAUUGGGGAUCAAGGGACUAUAUCUAACCAUCCUGCUCGGGGCAGGGAUGCUUGCUUUUCUCGGUGCAAUUAUAUGCAUCAUUGCAAGCAUCGCCCCGGGUUCUCCGGGAGCUGUCCCCGGUGCUGGAAAUGAAGAGGGAGCUUUGUAUGGCACCGAAGGCGGCGCUGGAGCUGUCCACGGUGCUGAAACGGAUAGCGACCGCGCUCACCCAACCGCAGCAAGCAAAGCCGCCGCCUUCGAGCCUGAGACUGGCAAAGCCUCUGUGGGCUCCGAGCUUGGCCAAGGACCCGUCUUAGGCUCUGAUUCAGAUAUUGGCACCACCAGCCGCUUCCUCUGCCUGCCUUUAGCUCAAGAUUGCCCUUCUCCAUCGAUCAGGGAAGACCUCAUACUGCUGAGGAUCACAGCAGACCAUCUCCGCCAGAUGGUCAUUCAACAGGAGGAGCAGAUACUCAGUGACCAGGAAACCAUCAGAGAACUGACCGGCAAACUCAGCCGGUGUGAGAGCGGGCAGGAGCUGGGCUCUUUCCAAAAUAACCCCGAGGAAUAUGCGUGGGACGUUGGAAGAAGCAGCUUGGAAGAUGGGACUGAAGAAUCCGAGCAGACAGUGCAGGAGCUAGAACACACCAUACACUCCUUAAAGAACAGCAUUGAAAAUCUGGAGGGGGAGCUGCUGACUCGGGGCAACGCUUCCUCGAUGUUUGCACUCUCUGGCCAACCCCGGGGUCACAUCUACCUGAAGAUCCAGGAGCUGGAAGCUCAGCUACUCUCCAAACUCUCUGAACUGGAGAAAGAGCGAUCCUUACUGCAAAACAAGAGUGAUCGACAAAGACAUCACCUGGAGGAACAGCUAGAGGCCCUUCACCAGCGCAUUGACAAGCUGGAGAAAGAGACUGCAGUGUAUAAAUUGCAAGAAGGUUACAAAAUCUCAUUCCCAGUAAGGACGAAUUAUAUGUACGCUAGAAUGAAACGGAGCCUACCAGAGCUGUACACACUGACCAUCUGCCUGUGGGUGAAGUCAAAGGGGACUGUGGGGAUUGGAACGCCAUUCUCAUAUGCAGUUCCUGGGCAAGUGAAUGAGAUGGUCUUACUUGAGUGGGGGAAGAAUCCCAUCGAACUGCUGAUCAAUGACAAAGUGACUCGCCUCCCGUUGGAGGUUAAAGAUGGAGAGUGGCACCAUGUGUGCAUUACCUGGACAACCAGGGAUGGUGUCUGGGAGGUGUAUCAGGAUGGCAAGCGACGAGGAUCAGGAGAUAAUCUGGCUGCUUGGCACCCAAUCAAACCAGGAGGCACUCUAGUCCUUGGCCAAGAGCAGGAUGUGGCAGGGGGGAGAUACGAUGCUACACAAGCCUUUGUCGGGGAGCUGGCGGAAUUCAACAUCUGGGACCGGAUCCUGACUGCGGCCGAGGUCCAGAGUAUGGCCAACUGCUCCUCCAGCACUUUGGGCAACAUUAUCUCGUGGGAGGGCAGCAGUGUUGACCUAUACGGGGGAGUCACCAAGUGGCCUUUCCACAGGUGCAGCGAAAGGAAUUAACCCCCUGCCCUCGCAGACAUGGACCAAAGCAGCUUCUACAACCUUCACAUUUCUCCAGUGUG